AUGCCUUUCGAAGCCCGGGUCAAGUCCGUCCUGUCCGGUGACACGGUCGUGCUGUCGCAUGUCACCAACCCUUCACAAGAACGCAUCUUGAGUUUGGCAUAUGUUUCUGCUCCAAGAUUAAGGAGAGAAGGUGAUGAGGCAUAUGCUUUUCAAUCCCGUGAAUUCCUCCGUGAACUCCUUGUCGGCAAGGUCGUCCAAUUCCAUGUCGUCUACACCAUUCCCACAGGUGCCAAGCGCGACUAUGGUAUCAUCAAGCUUCCCGGAUUCGAUGCUUCAUUGCCCGAUAUCAGUGUCCAGGAAGGCUGGACCCGGGUCCGCGAUGAGGCAGGAAAGCGCGGAGAUGAAUCCGAGGAGACAGUUGGACUCCUGGACCGUCUCCGUGCAUUGGAGUCCCUCGCCCAGGACGAAGGAAAGGGAACAUGGGCCAGUGGAGACAAUGGCCAUAUUGAUACUAGCUACGAGUUGACCGGUGCUCGGGAAUUGGUCCGCCAGAACUUGGGCCAGCAGUUGGAGGGAAUUAUCGAGAAAGUCCUGAACGGCGACCGUGUGGUGCUGCGCUUGCUGCUCCAGCCGAAGGAACACAUCCAGACCGUCAUUGCUAUUGCCGGUAUCCGGGCACCAUCCGCUAAGCGCACAACUGAGGGCAAGGAGACGGCUGCUGAGCCAUUCGGCGACGAGGCGCAAGAGUUUGUGGAGUCGCGACUGCUGCAGCGCAAGGUGAAGGUUUCCCUGCUUGGUGUUACGCCGCAGGGCCAGAUUGUUGCUACUCUGCUGCACCCCAAUGGAAAUAUCUCUCGAUUCCUUUUGGAGGCUGGUUUGGCCCGCUGCCAGGAUCACCAUUCUACGCUUUUGGGCCCUGACAUGGCUCUUCUCCGCCAGGCUGAGCUUACUGCUAAGGCUGACCGCAAGGGAUUGUGGGUUAACCACACUGGACCUACCACUGCUGGUGCCGCGGCCGUGGACUACGUUGUCACUCGUGUCUUGAAUGCCGAUACACUAUUCAUCAGGAACAAGGCCGGCCAAGAGAAGAAGAUCAGCCUCGCCAGUAUUCGUCAACCUAAGCCCUCCGAUCCCAAGCAGGCCCCCUUCGCUGCUGAGGCUAAGGAGUUCCUCCGCAAGCGCGUGAUCGCCAAGCACGUGAUGGUCACUGUGAACGGCAAGAAGCCCGCCAACGAGGGCUAUGAGGAGCGCGAGGUCGCCACUGUUGUGCAGGGCAACACCAACGUCGGAGUCGCCCUCGUGGAGGCUGGAUACUCCUCUGUCAUUCGCCACCGUAUGGAUGACGCUGACCGAUCCCCCGAUUACGAUGCCUUGCUCGCCGCUGAGGCCGAUGCCCAGAAGGAGGGCCGUGGAAUGUGGUCUUCCAAGGCCCCCAAGGCCAAGGCGGUUGUGGAUUACUCCGAGACUGUACAAAAGGCCAAGUUGGAGCUUGGUGCCCUGCAGCGCCAGAAGCGUGUUCCCGCCGUUGUCGACUUUGUUAAAUCUGGCUCUCGCUUUACUGUCCUUAUCCCUCGCGAGAACGCCAAGCUGACCCUCGUCCUUUCCGGUAUCCGUGCUCCCCGUUCUGCUCGCGGUCCCAGUGAUGCCGGCGAGCCUUUCGGUCAAGAGGCCCACGACCUGGCCAACCGCCGCUGCAUGCAGCGCGAUGUUGAGAUCGAUGUUGAGACCAUUGACAAGGUUGGAGGUUUCAUUGGAAGCCUGUACAUCAACAAGGAGAACUUCACCAAGGUCCUGCUAGAGGAGGGUUUCGCUACCGUCCAUGCAUACUCGGCUGAGCAGUCUGGCCACGCCACCGAGUACUUUGCCGCGGAGCAGCGGGCUAAGGACGCCCGCAAGGGUCUCUGGCACGACUAUGAUCCCAGCAAGGAGGCUGCUGAAGCCGAGGAAGCCGAGGCCGCUAAUGGCACUGGUACCGAGAGCGAUGCCGCCCCCACACAGCGUCGCAAGGACUACCGCGAUGUGAUGGUUACCUACAUCGACCCUGCCUCCGCUAAGCUUAAGCUUCAACAGAUCGGCACUGGCACCAACGCUCUCACUGAGCUGAUGAGCGCUUUCCGCACUUUCCACAUCAACAAGGCCAACGACACUCCCCUGCCCGGCCCACCCAAGGCUGGCGACUGGGUUGCCGCCCAGUUCACCGAAGACGGAAACUGGUACCGCGCUAAGGUCCGCCGUAACGACCGCGAGAACCAGACCGCUGAGGUUGUGUACAUUGACUUCGGUAACUCCGAGUCUCUGCCCUGGGCCAAGCUCCGCCCUCUCACCCAGCCCCAGUUCUCCAGCCAAACUCUGCGCCCCCAGGCCGUCGAUGCCGUCCUCUCGCUCAUGCAGUUCCCCACCUCGGAGGAUUAUCUCGAGGAUGCCAUUGGCUUUAUUGGUGACCAGACCUUCGACCGCCAGCUCGUUGCAAACGUCGACCAUGUCGACCAAGACGGUACCCUGCAUGUUACCCUCCUCGACCCCUCCGUUUCCAAGAACCUGGAUAACAGCAUUAACGCCGAUGUCAUCAGCGAGGGCUUAGCUAUGGUGCCCCGUAAGUUGAAGAACUGGGAGCGCGCUUCCGUUGAGACCUUGUCUAACCUGCGCACGCUGGAGGAUGAGGCCAAGGCUGAGCGCCGGGGUAUUUGGGAGUACGGUGAUCUCACCGAGGACUAA